AUGCCUCAGAACGAGUACAUUGAGCGCUUUACGAAGCAGCACGGAAAGCGCUUCGAUCACGAUGAACGCCAACGAAAGAAGGAAGCUCGUGAGGGCCACAAUGCGUCCAAGAAGGCCCAGAACCUGCGUGGAUUGAGGGCGAAGCAAUAUGCCGAGAAGCGUAGGAAGGAGAAGAUUCAGAUGAAGCAGAAGAUUCGCGCCCACGAGGAGCGAAACGUCAAGUCGAACGAAGCUCCCGAGCCUGCUACCGAGGCACUGCCUUCCUACCUCUUGGACCGCUCCAACGAAAAGAAUGCCAAGGCUUUGUCCUCUGCCAUUAAGCAAAAGCGAAAUGAGAAGGCUGCCAGAUUUUCUGUACCACUUCCAAAGGUCAAGGGUAUCUCUGAGGAGGAGAUGUUCAGUGUUGUCAAGACGGGUAAGAAGACGAAGAAGAAGUCUUGGAAGCGAAUGAUCACCAAGCCUACUUUUGUCGGUCCUGGCUUCACUCGUCGACCUGUCAAAUACGAGCGCUUCAUCAGACCUAUGGGAUUGCGUUACAAGAAGGCGAACGUCACGCACCCUGAACUCAACGUAACAGUCCAGCUGCCAAUUAUUUCGGUCAAGAAGAACCCACAGCAGCCACUGUACACUCAGUUGGGUGUGUUGACAAAGGGUACUAUCAUUGAAGUAAAUGUCUCCGAACUCGGACUUGUGACUGCUGGAGGAAAGGUUGUUUGGGGUCGCUAUGCUCAAAUCACCAACAACCCUGAAAAUGACGGGUGCUUGAACGCUGUUUUGCUCGUCUAA